GCCAACAAAUACGCGAAUUGUAACUCACGUUGCUACGCAGUAUAUUAGUGUAUAUGUGUGCGUGUGUGUGUUUGUGUGUGCGCAUAUUUGCAAUUUCCCGCAGCGAGUCGUGUGCAGAUUUUUGUGUUUUUGACAUUGCACCUGAGCAGCUAAAAGAAGCGGGCGAAGGAGAAGAAGACGAAGCAUCAAGCAACAGCAGCAACAACACCAGCAACAGCAGCUGAACCAAGGUACAACGGACCGGCGAUCGACCUAACGGCACACUUUGUUUUUGCUGCCAGCGUGUGUGUGUGGGUGUGUGUGUUCGCGGCGCUGUUGCUUCAGAACUGCAUGUGUGUGUGUGAGCUUGUGCAUGACGUGCAGUCACGUGUUCUAAGGUGAUUUUAACGAGUUCCGUGAUACGCGAAAUAAGAUAAGAAACAACGAAUAAAAGUCACAAGCAACGACAAACGACGCUAAAACAAAAACCCACAAGUAAUACCCAUACCGUUAUAGUACUCUGCCCCCCCUCUCUUUCUCUUACACGCCUUCUAAUACGCUCGCACUCGCAUGAUGCGGCUCGCUCCAACGAAUCUAAAUGAAAACAACAGCAAAUUGCAUUAAAUUUGUUUGCCAAACUGUGCGAAAGCAGACGAAAAGAAGAAAUGCGCAAAAAUUAUCAACAAGGUUUUAAAGUGUUGCAAAACGCGUGAAACCGUUUGAAGUUUUGUUAAAGCAAAUAUACAAAAAGAAAUAUAAUUUACCCAAAACUCAACUUAAACAUAUUGCUUAUUGCAUUUAUUUGGACUUUCUAAAGAUUUACUAACAAAUAAAAUAAACAACAUGCGGUUUCUUCAAGUUUUCUAUCGAACUGCGUUUCUUCUCACCUUGGCAAUUGAACUGUCCACGGCGCUGCGCGAUGUGCGGGUGCGGGUGCCGCACGCGGUGCGGCGCGGGGAGAAAGCGGUGCUCAAAUGCUUCUAUGACAUCGAGGAUGACAGCUUGUACUCGGUUAAAUGGUACAAGGGCAGGCGGGAGUUCUACAGAUAUACGCCCAAAGAAACGCCACCGAUGAAGGUUUUUCAUUUUCCCGGAGUUAAAGUCAGGCGCGCAUCCUCGAACGAGAGCCAAGUGGUGCUCGAUGCGGUAACAAUGCCAACAUCCGGUAAAUACAGUUGCGAAGUAUCUGCGGAUGCGCCCUCAUUUCAUACAUUAAUAGCGGCCGCCGAAUUGGAAGUUAUUGAGACGCCGCACAAUGCACCAUUCAUAACCGGAAUCCGGCCCAGAUAUCGGGUCGGCGACAUAUUGCGGGGCAAUUGCACAUCGCGACAUUCCCGGCCGGCGGCCAAUCUCACAUGGACGGUGAAUAAUGAAGAGGUUAAUCCCUCACAUGUGCGACAUCAUAAAAUACUGCGGGAUGCGCGCAACGAUAUGGAAACUGCAAUUGUGGGCAUUCACUUCGUGGUUACUGAUCAGCACUUUGAUAAUGGCAAACUGAAGCUCCGCUGCAGUGCUCAGCUGCAUGAUGUGUAUUGGAAGACGACGGAAAAGACCAUAUUGGAGGCGGAUCCGUUUGGCAAAUAUGGCGGCAAUGGCGCCAAUGGGAAUCGCGUGAGUGCCGAUGAGAUAUAUGACCAGUAUACGCUGCACGAGGAUGAACAAUUUCACAGCAAGAAGAACAGUUACCUGACACAGCUGCAGGGCGAAGAAGACGAUGUCGCCGAUGGUUUAGAGGAUGGCGGCGCGGCCUGGCGCGGUGUCAGCUCGUCGGCGUCCAGUCUUCAAACUGUGGCAGCAAAUGCUGCAACUGCAACUGGAACGCUGUUGGCGCUGCUCAGCUGGUCGCUGGCCGGGCAAUUAGUGUCGCAGCUGUUGCAGAUUACAAAGCACAGGCCCAUGCGGGAGGGCACAUACAAAACGCAGCAGCAGCAGCAGCAGCAGGUGGACGAACCGGAGCAGAGGCAACGCCUGCGGGCGCAUAACUGCACGAGCAAAGGAUGCAGCAGAUGCAGCAGGCAAUUAACAUGAUUCAAUUGUCACGUAAUUCUUGUGCCACACUUCAGGGAGGGUCAAAAGGCAGCAGGCGGAGAUGCACCAGCGGCAGCAGCAGCAGCAGAGGCAGGCAGCAAAGUAGGCUUCAGCCCUAGGCAACAGCAAGUAACUGCUAAAUGUAUCUAAAAUAUUUACACCCAAAUACACAGACACCAGUUUCAGCUAGCUCAAAGUAACUUCAAAGGCAUUCAAAACUAACAACAAAAAUUGUGCAGAUACAUUUGUAUUCAUUUCUUUUUUC